CGCGGCCUCUGCAGCGGUGCGCGUCCCAUGGCGGCGGCGGCGGCGGCGGCGGCGCGGGCCGCGGGCACCGACGCGGCCGAGGGGCCCCCGGGGCCGGCGGCGGCGCUGGAGCUGUGGCUCAAUAAAGCCACAGACCCAAGCAUGUCAGAACAGGAUUGGUCAGCUAUCCAGAAUUUCUGUGACCAGGUGAACACUGAUCCCAGUGGCCCGACCCAUGCGCCCUGGCUGCUGGCCCACAAGAUCCAGUCUCCACAAGAGAAAGAAGCUCUUCAUGCCUUAACGGUGCUGGAGACGUGUGUGAACCACUGUGGAGAGAAGUUUCACAGCGAGGUGGCCAAAUUCCGCUUCCUGAAUGAGCUGAUCAAAGUGUUGUCCCCAAAGUACCUAGGGUCCUGGACCACAGAAAAAGUUAAAGGAAGAGUCAUCGAAAUACUCUUUAGUUGGACAGUCUGGUUUCCAGAAGACAUUAAGAUCCGAGAUGCUUACCAGAUGCUGAAGAAGCAAGGGAUCAUAAAGCAAGACCCUAAACUGCUUGUGGAUAAAAUCUUGCCCCCACCUUCUCCCUGGCCCAGGAGCUCCAUCUUUGAUGCUGACGAAGAAAAGUCAAAGCUUCUGACACGGCUUCUGAAGAGCAGCCACCCUGAGGAUCUGCAGGCUGCCAACCGGCUAAUCAAGAGUUUGGUCACGGAGGAGCAGGAGAAAGCAGAGAAGGUAUCCAAGAGGGUCAGCGCUGUGGAGGAAGUGCGGAGCCACGUGAAGGUGCUGCAGGAGAUGCUGAGCAGGUACCACGGGCCGGGGCAGGCCCCGCCAGACCAGGAGGCCCUGCAGGUUGUGUACGAGAGGUGUGAGAAGCUGCGGCCCACCCUGUUCCGGCUGGCAAGUGACACCAUUGACGACGACGAUGCACUAGCGGAGAUUCUCCAGGCAAAUGACCUCCUCACCCAGGGAGUUCUGCUGUACAAACAGGUGAUGGAAGGCCGUGUCAUCUUUGGGAACACAGUGACCAGCGUGGUCGGAGACAUACCAGUCUCCAGAGUCAUUCAGAAUCCGACAGGCUGCACGAGGAACUGCCUGAUUGACUUGGAGCUGGACAGUGGAGCUGAUCAGGCUGGGACUGUGGCGCCAUCUCUCCUCCAUCAGGACCUGGCAGCCCUAGGAAUCAGUGACGCUCCAGCUACCAAGGUUGCCGGGCAGAGUUACUGUAAGGAAAAGAGGAAUCCUGCCAGCACGCUGCCCAGUGGCGGUGUUCAGAGCCCAUCAGCAGAAAGGAGCUUGCUGGACCUGCUCUCCCCACAGCCUCCUUCAGGCCCUCUGAAUUAUAUUCCACAGAAAAGUAUCCCCAAGGAAGUGCCACCAGGUACUAAGUCAUCUCCGGGCUGGUCCUGGGAAGCUGGUCCAUUGGCUUCGUCCCCAUCUUCCCAGAAUACACCUCUGGCUCAAGUGUUUGUCCCUUUGGAGUCUGUUAAGCCCAGCAGCCUGCCUCCGAUCAUCGUGUACGACCGGAAUGGAUUCCGAAUUCUGCUCCACUUUUCCCAGACGGGGGCCCCUGGCCACCCUGAGGUGCAGGUCCUGCUGCUGACCAUGAUGAGCACUGCCACCCAGCCUGUCUGGGACAUCAUGUUUCAGGUGGCCGUGCCAAAGUCAAUGAGAGUGAAGCUGCAGCCGGCAUCCAGCUCCCAGCUCCCAGCAUUCAGUCCUUUGACGCCUCCAGCUGUGAUCUCUCAGAUGCUGCUGCUUGACAAUCCACACAAAGAGCCAAUCCGGUUACGGUAUAAGCUGACAUUCAACCAGGGCGGACAGCCUUUCAGCGAAGUAGGAGAAGUGAAAGACUUUCCAGACCUGGCAGUCUUGGGUGCAACCUAACUUUUCACAAGACAAACUCUGCCGUUCAAGUGUGGGCAGUGUUACCUGUGCUGCCAAAUGGGACUAAUCCUGGCGACCGAGUGCAGAGUUCCAAGUUCUGUCUGAUUCAGGCUCCAGAUGCCAGCCUCUUGUUCUGUAGAGUGUGUGUGCGUGUGCGUGUGUGUUGUAGGGGGUUCAUGGGAGGGUGGAACAGAACUUGGGGUGUGGGCAGUAUGGGAAGUGCAAAAGCCUUUCUGAUGACCACCCGCCACGAGCAUAUCUGUUUCUGUAUGUUUGGACACUGGUCUCCCUGCCUCAGGUUGGACGUUUUAUAAGCCAAAGCUGUUGUUGUUUUCAUAUAUUACUUUUUCAUUCAUCCACUUUGUGCCUUGCCAGCCUUUUAAAGUCUUGGUUGCUCCCAGGCUGCUGAUCUCAGGGACCUUAAAAGGGACUGAGUUGGUCUUGGGGCAGAGAGUGUCUUCUGGGGCACUCUCUUUCAAGAAAGACUUUGUCUCCAUUUCCAUUAGAGAAUGCUGCUUGCACAUGUUCCGGAAGAUCUCAAUGGAAUGCUUGUGCUGUUUUCCAGGCGAGGGGCUGCCACUAGACCACAGGGCCAUACUCGGUGGGCCAGUCAUGUCCUUCACCACUGUGCCUUAGAGUCACCCAUGGAGGGACCUUCCAGGGCAGAGGGGAAAGCACAUCCCGGGCCUCGGGUUCCAUGGGUUGUGCAGCCUGUUUGGGCCUAUACUCAGGACCCUCAUCUCUAUCCUCAUCCUCUUCCUCCACAGGCAUUUACUUAGAGCCCUCUGUGACCCAGAGCCAGUCACUGUAAAUCAUAGCUAACAGGCUUCCCCUGGUCUGUUGCCUUCACAACCCAAGAUGAAGAACUGUGAUGCAAAUAGGUAUGGAAAGAGCUUAGCAGUGAUUUAAGUGGUGACUAAAUAGAGAAAGUCAUUGAAUAAAUACCUGUGUAGCAAAUAUACUUCGUGGAGUUUUGAGUAAGUAGGAGAUGCAAACCCAUUGCAUUUAGAGAUGAGAGGCCUAAAGGGAACCGUCGUCACUUGAAGUAAGGAAGACUUCAUGAAGGAUGUAGAACUGGAACUGUUUCGGUGAAGAGAGAAGCCCCAAGGAUCUGCACAACGCUGGAAAAGAGAUGUGGAUUUUCGUUAGGUUCGUGGUUCGAAGGAAAAUGCAGGUGUACAAUCAAUACUCUGCUCCAGUUCUGUGCUGGGCACUUUGUACUCGUUUGACAGCCCCCUUGGCCUGCUUGGGCGAAGAAAGCUGACCCUGCUGUGAUGGUCUGCUGAAGGGCUGAAAUCUCCGCGGCUCGCCUGUCUGGCAGGGUUCUGCCUCAAACUGCCAGCUCUGUGGGGCUUUUUAUCACAAAACCUGGCCCUCCACAGCCUGAUCUUUCAACAGCUCCAUCUAGUGAGAAAUCUGCCAAUACUAAUUGGUGGGGAAGGAAGGGUGCUGUAAUUUUUAAGCAAAUGUGAAAACUCAUAAAACAAAUGAUGGGGUGAUUUCUUCAUUUGGCAUA